CUAUGACAACAGUACUGGCCACGUCGCUCAGAGCAGCAUAGUGUUGGACAAAGAAACAAAUUAGCGCAGGUGAAUUCGUCGGGUUGUUUUCAUUCAUGAUACAGAGAUUCUUUAUUUCAUCACUAUAGCAGGAAGAAUUCAGGUUUUAAAACAAACCGAAAGACCAAAAAUAGCCCUUAUCUGCCAGCCGAACGUGACACUGCAGUCUUGCGAGCUUUAAGAGUUUGACCUCAACAGCCAAGUGGGCGGUCUUUUUGAGCGUGAUGUAAAACUGAGCCUGACAGAAAACGGAAUGUGACGGAUGUGGCAGACAUGUCCCCAAACCGCCACGGCGACAUCAUCCCCAAUGAGACAGGGUCGACCGUUGGCCCUCGUUUUUGGACUCUGAUACCUCUAACAUCCAGCACUUAGUCCUGGUUAUCAAAGCGGGUCAGGACAGAGAAGCUCACAGGCAGGAAGCAGAGUGAAAUGCAUAUAAAACAAAAGCACACACUCCCGGGGUGUCUAAGAGGCGAGAGUUGAACAUGGAACAAACGUCCUGGAAAAGGCUCCUUGUGGCCAAGGCCUUCCUCCUUUAUCUCACCUCUUCUGUCUUUAAAGUGCGUAACUCUCCCUGUUUGCAGUGCGGGUGGCUGGAACGCUGGAAGACGUGUGCGCGACGUGCCACGUGAACGCCACAUGCGACGACAAGAUGGACGGCAGCGGCGGAAAAGUGUGUACCUGCAUGUAUGGUUUCCUGGGCAAUGGCAGAACUCAGUGUCAAGACAAAAACGAGUGCCAGGCUGGGCGCGGUAAGAUCUGCGGAGAUCACACCGUCUGCCACAACACCUACGGCAGCUUCUACUGCACCUGCCUGAGAGGCUACAGCCCUUCCAACAACCUGGUCAUCUUCAUUCCCAACGACGGGACCCAGUGCAAAGACAUUGACGAGUGUAAGGUGCAAGGGAUUUGUGGAGAGGGCGGAUGGUGCACCAACGUGCAGGGCGAUUUCAGCUGCCGCUGCCAAGCUGGAUAUAAGGUGCAGAACGGAUCCCAGCCUUUCCACCCACACCGGGACACGGCUUUCUGCAAAGCCAUCGACUGUGGGCAGCCUCCUUCCGUUACCUACGCAACCCAACUGUCAGGAACAGGGACCCGCUACGGCAGUGUCGCCAAGUUUGGUUGUUUGGAAGGAUUCUUCCAGAAAAGUGGGAACAACACCGCGAUCUGUGGUGAAAAAGGUGUAUGGGAAGGCCUCAGUCUGGUGUGUGAAGAGAUAGAUUGUGGUGAUCCCCCGACUCUCCCCCACUCUGUAAUGACAUGGAAUAAAGCCUCGAAGGUGGGCACAAAGGUGUCUUAUAGAUGCAGUGCUGGAUUUUACAGUGUUGGAGAUGGAAAUAUAUCAGUAUGCAAUACAAGAGGGCAAUGGGACAAAGCGUCUAUGCAAUGUGAAGAGAUUAAGUGUGGUGACCCCCCAGUGCUGCCACACAGUGGACAGGUGUGGAAUGGCAGCACAAAUCUGGGCAGUGCUGUAUCUUAUUACUGCAAUGAGGGAUUUUUUCAAGAGCAAGGAGGGAACGUCUCUUAUUGUGUAGGAAACGGUUACUGGACAAAACCGACGCUAGUGUGCAAAGAGACGCAGUGCGGUCGCCCACCACACAUACAGAGCCUGGUUACGCAGUGGGACGGUAGCGUGAGUGUGGGCAGUGUGUCCUAUUACUCCUGCCAGGAGGGCUUUCAUAAGGUCACAGGAAGUGAUGCGUCUGUGUGCACUGCGAACGGUCAGUGGCAGGGCGUCACUUUGACAUGCAAAGAGAUUGAGUGUGGGGAGCCUCCUUCAUUUCCUCACUCCAUCACGUUCUGGAAUAACAGCACUAAGAUCGGCACAGAGGUGUCUUAUCAGUGCCAGGCUGGAUUUUACCAUGCCGGAAGUGGGAAUGCUUCUGUUUGUGCUGCUGAUGGUCACUGGGACCAUGCUAACAUACUGUGUCAAGAGAUCAACUGUGGGCCUCCAGCAGUUUUCCCCAACACUGACCUGCUCUGGGACCGCACUGCGGUGCUGGGAAGUGUAGUCCACUACGCCUGCAAACACGGCUUUUAUCUGGAGGGAGGCCGCAAUCACUCCACAUGCACUUCAGCCCGAGAGUGGGAGCGCAUUACUGUAACAUGCAGAGAGAUCAACUGUGGGCCUCCAGCAGAUUUCCCCAACACUGACCUGCUCUGGGACCGCACUGCGGUGCUGGGAAGUGUAGUCCACUACGCCUGCAAACACGGCUUUUACCUGGAGGGAGGCCGCAAUCACUCCACAUGCACUUCAGCCCGAGAGUGGGAGCGCACUACUGUAACAUGCAGAGAGGUAGACUGUGGAGAGCCCCCUGCUCUUCCUCACACAGAGAGGGUGUGGAGUGGGAGUGGCAGGAUUGGCACAGUGGUGCAUUAUCAGUGCAAUACUGGAUUUUACAAUGCAGGGGGAGAUGGACCCUCAGUUUGCACAGCUAACGGUCACUGGGAUGUGGCCUCUCUGCAGUGUCAAGAAGUUGAUUGUGGAGUACCGAUGUCGAUCCCUCACGCCUCAGUCCUGUGGAGUAAGCCCUCGAGAAUGGGCAGUGUGGCGUAUUAUAUCUGUGAUAGGGGCUAUUACAGUGGGAACGGGAAAACCCGGUCUGUCUGUGGGGCAAACGGACUUUGGGAGGAUAUUACAAUGCUCUGUGAAGAGAUUAACUGUGGGCCUCCGGCAGUGUUCCCCAACACUGACCUGCUCUGGGACCGCACUGCGGUGCUGGGAAGUGUAGUCCACUACGCCUGCAAACACGGCUUUUACCUGGAGGGAGGCCGCAAUCACUCCACAUGCACUUCAGCCCGAGAGUGGGAGCGCACUACUGUAACAUGCAGAGCCAGGUGCGGCCCGCCCCCCUCGUUACCCCGCUGGGAAGUGGCGUGGCAGAACGGCAGCUCAGCCGGAAGCAUGGCGCUGCAUCGCUGCCAGAGAGGGUACCGGAGGUGGAGGGGGCGGACCCUGUCCAUCUGUGAGGACACGGGGAGGUGGCAGCCGGCCACACUGGUCUGCAGAGAAAUCAGGCCUGCGAUCAGCAAGCUGGUGCUGUUCAAUGAGAAGUGCCUGAGAUGGACAGCAGAGCGAUAUGACGAGCGGGGAGAGGAUUAUACAGUCCAAAUUGUGGGAUCCAGGGACUAUCAGAGAGCUUUCCGGGACGUGAGAAAGAGGGCCUUCAGCUCGGAGUCUGACCAGCCUGAACUCUGCCUGAACCUUCAGCCGGGCACCAACUACACCAUCAACAUCACUGCGCUCUCGGCCAGGUUCUCCUGCACCAUCACUGCCAACACCAGCAUCCACGCUCCGCCUGUACCUGAGGUUGUAUUCAGAGAUGUAGAGGUUCCCCUACCUUCUCUUUGGCUACGCAGAUCAAUGAACACCCUGGACCCUAUAAGCGUAUACCAGGUGUUCGUGGUGCCGCUGGAGGGCCGCGUGGCGUUUGACUGCAGGUCAGCGAGCGAGGCGCACUUCCACAGCGACACGCCGGCAGCGCUUUACCUGGCAGCGCAGAUUCCCGUGGCGGACGUGGGGGCGGAGCUCAGCUUCACCGUGGGGGACCAACGCCACUACGGCGAAUACUAUAACGCUCCCUUACAGCCUGGCAGGGACUAUUACAUCAUACUGCGCUCUGUCAGUCAAUGGGGACGGGUCAGGAAACAGUCCUGUGUCUUCUGGGCAAAAGUAAGGGGCACAUCCUACAUCAUACAGUCUGCCACCAUGCUCACCGGAGGACUCAUCGGAUUGGUUGCUUUCGUUGUGUUUUUGAGAUUCGCUCAUGUAUGGUACUGCAAGAAGACAUGAAGCAGACGUCCGAACCACUGCCUCUGCUGCUUGAGCUAACCCAGAGGAGGAACUACACCCUAUCCUUCCUUUCUGUUUUUACCUGUGUUAUUAUUUUUUAAUAAAGCAAAAGGAAAGAUUUUAUAGUA